GCUGGAUCCGGGAAGUUAGGCUAACCGACUAGUGUGAAGUCGAUCGAUAUCCUCCGUUCAUCUUGCAAGCUGAUUGUUGGUCGUGGGGUUUUGGCUGGGCCACGCGCUUGCUUAUGCAUCCCCUCAUACGAUCGGUCAAUUACGAAUCUCUGUCUAUCCAUGUCAGACUCGCUACCAAACUGUUGGAGAGAAAAGAGUGUGUGUGCGUGCGCGUGUGGCAUCAGCCGAAAUCCUUGGGCUGCGUUAAUAGGCAGAGUGAAGUCCAUAGUGCUGGCAAUCAACACUGUAAUUUCGACAAUACGAGGGGACAGCAAGAUCAGGGUUUCAAUUCAACACAUGACCCUCCUCCGUCUAUGCAUCGUAGUGGGAUACACGAGAACCAAUGACCAGGUCAUUGGGUUUAACUUAUAGAGGAAAAAGGUGUACCAGUCGCAGUACAAUGACGUUAUUCCCAGUACUGAAUAUUUCCCACACGGCGUGUUGUUUUAUCAGCGGCUGCGCCAGUUGGCGACAAGUGGAAGAGAGCAGGCACACCAGUACGUAUGUGCAGGAAACACUAACGCGUAGAUCCAUCUCCUAUGCCCAACUCCAAGUAUCGUUUUAUGAUACGCCUGAUUGUCACGCCAUUCAUCUUUUUUUGUUUCUUUCUUUUUCUUUGCUUGUCUUUUCUUUUCAUAUUUUAUUUUUCGCUUCUCUGUCUUCUUGUUGUAUUACUUUUUUCAAACCCAUGCGAACGUCUAGGGAAUAGCAUGACGCUACUGUAUACUGACGUGGUUUCCAAAAAGUGGUAGUCCAUCGAGAGUUCCAAUCGUAUUGCAAAGAUCGUAGCAAACAUUGUGACGCAGCGUAAUAUAUUCUACAAAGUCUAUGCUGAUCUGGAACAUUUGAGGAUAUGUGGGGAGCCACUAUCGUGUCAUAC